AGUGCAGCCGCCCAAACCACCUGCCCCGCGGCGACCGCCGUCCGGAGCUCGCUCGCUCCAUUCGGUUUCGUUUCGUCUCGUCUCCUCGCCGCGCCGCGCGUCCGGUCGCCGUCGCCCCCUCCACUCCACUCCAAUCCCCCGGUCCACUCCACGCCUUCCGCCCUCCCGGACUUCCACUACAGGCGCGGCCAGCGGAAGCCGACCGCCGUCGCUUUCCCUUUCCCUCUCCCGAGCGCCUUCCCUCCUCCAUAAAUGGCCGCGCCGUGGUGAAAAACAGCGGCGCCGCGGCUCCCAUCCGUCCCAGCCGCAUUCGCUUCCCUCCGCCGCCCCCGGCCCCUUCCAGAAACCCCGCGCCGGGAGUCCGUGGCCAUCGACGCCGCCAUGUGCCGUAGCAGCCGCAGCCCGCAGGCCCGCAGCACAAGACCCGGACCUGAGCCCUGAGGAGAGUAACGCGGGCGCGCCGAGAUGCAGAGCAUGGCGGCGUCCUGCUCGUCGUCGUCCUCCUCCUCCUCCUCUAGAGCCUGGGCCGCGGCGCGCCGCUCGCCCUCGCCCCCAUCCCUCGCCUUCUCGUCCUCCUCCUCCUUCCCCUCUUCUUCUCAUGGCUGCCGCUGGCCAGUCGCCCCGCGCGGCAUUCGCGGGGUCCUGCGGCCGCUGCCCUCGCCCCUGCUCGCGCCGUGCGUCGCCAGGGCCGGCGCCGCGGCCGCGGCGUCGCCGCCGGCCGCCGGUAAGCCGGAGGGCGCCGCCGGCAUUUCGCGGACGCUGCAGCUCGGGGCCAUGAUCCUCGUCUGGUACCUCCUCAACAUCUACUUCAACAUCUACAACAAGCUGGUUCUGAAAGCGAUACCCUUCCCUUACACCAUCACCACCUUCCAUUUCGCAUCCGGAUCCUUCUUCAUCACACUCAUGUGGCUGCUCAAUCUGCAUCCCAAACCGAGGCUCUCCCUCAAACAGUAUGCAAAGCUCCUGCCUUUGGCUUUGAUCCACAUGCUUGGAAAUGUUUUCACCAAUAUGAGUUUGGGCAAGGUGGCUGUCUCCUUCACGCACACCGUCAAGGCCAUGGAACCCUUCUUCUCGGUCCUCCUCUCUGUCCUGUUCCUAGGACAGACACCUUCUCUGUUGGUAUUAGGUUCACUCGUCCCUGUUGUUGGUGGAGUUGUAUUGGCGUCCAUGACUGAAGUUUCUUUCAACUGGAUUGGGUUCUGGAGUGCUAUGGCUUCGAAUCUUACGAAUCAAUCACGAAAUGUUUACAGCAAGAAAAUUCUCGCUGAUAAAGAGGACAGUUUGGAUGACAUAAAUCUCUUCUCGAUAAUAACUAUCAUGGCAUUCUUGUUAUCUGCUCCACUGAUGCUAUCUGUAGAAGGCAUCAAGUUUAGCCCAUCGUAUCUACAAAGUGCUGGAGUCAGUGUAAAAGAAUUAUGUGUAAGAGCGGCACUUGCUGGCACAUGUUUCUAUUUUUACCAACAGGUUUCAUACAGUUUAUUGGCUAGAGUAUCUCCUGUGACCCAUUCGGUAGCCAACUCUCUUAAACGUGUGGUGGUCAUUGUGUCAUCUGUUCUCUUCUUCAGAACUCCAAUUUCACCUAUAAACGCCUUAGGAACCGGUGUUGCUCUUGCUGGAGUUUUUCUGUACUCUCAGUUCAAAAAGUUAAAACCAAAGACUAAGGCUGCAUGAAAACAACCACCUGGUGAGGUAACAAACUAUAGAAGGAUCUAGAAUUUGGAACUAUCAACUGAUGCGGUGAAGCAGACUUGCCUUCACGGUAGCAAACACCUAUCCUUUCCCCUUGUUUAUCUUAAAAAACAUAUGUUCUCUUGUUAGCCUCUUUGGCUGCGAGAAGCUUGUACAGAAGUUUCCUCAAGAAGGUGUGGUGGAACAAUUGAGCAACGCCGACAUAGCAUUUUCAGGUAGAGAAUACAAAUUUUGGCACAUACUUCUGGAUGUCUCACUUUAGAGGUAGCCUGAUACUCUUUAAAUGUCAAUGAGAUUAUACAUCUCUUCGGUCUUCGUGUCAUUCAAUUGAAACUGGCAGAAUGCUCAAUAGAUCGAGUUCACGUCAAAA